AUGGACCUCAACAUGAACCUCAACAUCUCAAAUACCUUUCAGUAUUGGCUUGUGAAGCACCCAGCCAUCCUGCACUUCUCAUGGAGCCCUAGUGAAACCCCGGCCUCAAGCCCACUCUUCUUAUCCCUAACUAUCAUCUUCUACCUCACCCUCACUUUCCUCCUCUCCCACCUCCCUCUCCCACUUAUCAAACCCCGCCGCCUCAAACCCAUCACCGCCGUCCACAACCUCAACCUCCUCCUCCUCUCCCUCAUCAUGGCCGUUGGUUCCCUGGUCUCCAUCUUCUCCUACGCACCUUACCCUUUCUGGAUCAUCUGCUUCCCACCCAAAACCCCACCAACGGGGCCUCUCUUCUUCUGGGCCUAUAUCUUCUACCUCUCCAAAAUCUACGAGUUUGUGGACACCUUCUUGAUCAUCCUUAGUGGGUCCUUUCAACGGCUGACAUUCCUCCAUGUGUACCACCACACAAUGGUGCUGGUCAUGUGCUACAUUUGGCUCCACACCUCACAGUCUCUGUUCCCGGCGGUGAUCGUAGCAAACGCCACGGUGCACGUGGUGAUGUACACCUACUACUUGCUGGCUGCGCUUGGGGUGAGGCCUAAGUGGAAGAGGAGGGUCACCGAGUUUCAAAUAUUUCAGUUCAUGUCAAGCUUCGUGGGGUUGGUUUGGAUGCUCAUCUAUCACUUCAACGGGUCGGGUUGCUGCGGGAUCUGGGGAUGGUGCUUCAAUAUUUUUUUCUAUGUUUCUCUUUUGGCUUUGUUCAUGGACUUCCAUGCUAAGAGUUAUGGCAGCUCCAAGAAGGAUUUGUGA